UUUCAAAUUCACCAGGCUUACAAACAGAAGCUGCUAAUACCCUAGACGAUCAGGCCUUAACCUAAGGAAAAAAAACAGCUGGACGUUUAAACGUCAAUCAAUACGAACUAGGAAGAUUUCAAAUAAGUAAAUAAUGGGCAGAAAUACAAAACCUUAGUUCUCUCUUAAUGCAACAAUUAGCUUAUCGAAUAAUGCCCAGUUUUCCAUUCAGCCCAUUCUCGACUACCACUCAACUAGCCUUAGUGAGCUUGAAAGGCAAAAUGUGAAGAUCACUCCAAGAUGAAUCAUAGCUUCAAUUUGUGGAUCCACAACAGAAAUGUGGAAGUUCUGGCUACUAUCAGCGAGCCAAUUAAAAAGAUUGCCAACAUUGGUAACCACCUGUUCCUACUAACCAGCAGCAAUGUGCUUCAUGAAGGUUUCCUUGAGCAAACCGAAGAGCAGAGCUUUGUGUCUUUUAGAGAGCUCCCCAACCAGUUGCAAGCAGUGGAUAUUCAAAGCCAUGAUGAUUCGUUGUUUGUAAUUGAUGGCAAUGGCAGCGUCUUGAAGUGCAACGAGCAGCUGGAGGUAUUAAAGGAAAUUAAUCUUCUAGAAGAGUACCAGUGCGCACUGGGGCACAGCACCCUAACAUACAAAGUGAAGGUUAAAAGCCUGGCGAUUGGCAAAUUUGGGGCUCUUUACGUGUCCGAAAGCAACCAGCUGUGGGGCAGUGGAGACAUGCCCCAAAUCGGCAUAACUAGUGACGUGCCUAGGAAAGUGGCAUUUUUCUCUGGAAGAAUUGUGCAUGGUAUUUCAGUGGGGGCUGAUUUUGCUGUUGUGGUAGUCGGCAAGCCCACAGUGGAAACUGAGAAUAGCUUCUGUGAUACGUUAUUUGCCCCGGCUUGCCAGUUGUGCAGCUCAAACUCUCAGAAAUCCUCUGAUUGCUCGCCCACCAACCUUUGCCCUUUGGGAAUGAGGCUUCAGAGUGACGACUUAGACAAUACUACAUCAGAAGAGCUCGAAGCGGCCUCAGCUAAUUCAGGCGUUAAGUCGGAAGGCGAUGAUAAAACUGAGAAGAACAUAAUUUUCCGCAACACUGAAGCAGCCAAGGACUUCCUCACUCGGCAGAUAUCGCGAAUGUCAUCCGUUGGCGAAGAGUACUUGAUGGAGUGCACUGAAAAACCCACAAGAAUCUUCAAAGAAAACAUGACGAAUGUGGCUACUUUGGUCUAUGAAGGAGUUAAAACCGUUGGGGAUAAAGUGGCGACACUUUCACGCCAUGUAAGCUCCAGCUCGGAACACACGAAUCUAUCAGAGAACAGCCAGCAGAGGAAAAACUCGAAGGAGGAUUUCUUACUGUCAGUCAGUCAAAGCACUUCGGAGCGCGACUUGCAGGACUUGGAGGUUCAGGAUAAUGUUGAUGUGAUUGUGAAUCAGGGAAAGGAUCUGCUCAAUCGCGAAGUAUGGAUGUGGGGCAAUGUUAAACAUGGUUGUAUUGUAUUUUUAGGUGUUGACACCAAGAUGGACCUUCCAGUCAUUCUAUCAAUCCUUUCGAAAUCAGGAGUAUCGAAAAUAUCAUUACAAAACUACCACGCCUGUGCUCUAACUCUCGAUGGCCGAGUUUUUCUCUGGGGCCGCAAUAACGACCAUCAAGUGACUUUGGAAAACAAAGCCGAUCAAUCGGUGCCAAAGUUGUUCGUCUGCAAUAUGAAUGAAAGAGUGAUCGAUGCCACGUGUGGCGACUAUUUUACUGUGAUUUUAACUACCAAAAACAACGUAACAUACUUCGGGAGGAGUUCGCAAAGUUACCAAACGAUCUACCAUCGAUUUAUGUCGGAAAGCGAAGAUUCUGGUGAGAAGCCAGUGGAGUUGUUCAGCAACUUCCUGAGCAGCAGCGAAUAUUCAGUGCUGAAUGUGGGGCCAAAGUGCGAGGAGAGUUUUAACAACUUUGUGGUAAAGGAGCAAAACAUGCUGGAGGAAAUGUUGUGCGUACAUCAGCAGAUUCUAAGGCUGCUGAUAAAGAAAUCCAAUGAUCUAGAGGACGGAGAGCUUUAUGACCUCCUUUGCAAGAACUACAGGGAUUUUUUGCAUUUUCUUGCAGUAAAUAUUGAAUCUCUUUUGCAAUACCGCAACGGUCUCAUAGGCAUCAACGAUGUAACCAUUGUGAAAAACUACAAGGAAUUCUUGUUGAUCUAUCAGAACUACGUGGACUGUAUUCAAAAUGUAUCAGCCAUCAGCGGCUUUGCGGCGAUAGCGACAACAAUAGCAGUCAGUCCGCAACUAUACAGCUUAAGAACGGGAACUCUCAAAGAGAAGACUAAUAAUGACCAAGACAUUGCUGUCCUGUUAACGUCGCCAGCAAAGCGAGUUGGUUUCUACAUGGAUUUUUUCCGAAAAUUCUGCAAUAUAGACUAUCAAACUAGGUGGAAGGAUUUCAUGGAAUAUGUGGACUGCAAGGGGAAAGAAGCUGAAAAAACCAGGAUUUUCUGGAUGAACGCUGGCAGCACCAUCAAGUACAUGAUGGAGCCCAAACGGCGCUUAAUAUGCGACAGCCAAUCCGACCCAAUAAACCUACAAAGCUCAAGCAGAUUCUCCUCCCAUCGCUUCGUCCUUUUUUCGGAUAUUUUCGCCCACAUCAGCGGCUCUUCCCCGCAUUUGCACGCGCUCAACAUGAUCUGGCUGGAUAUUCCGCAUCACGAGUCCCUCCACCUGAUCUGCCUCAAAUUGCCCGAAGAAACCCUCACUCUGGUGGCUCCGGAUGGCGUCACUAAGAACACCUGGUACCACGCCCUGCAACAUGCCAUCAAAGCCGCCCUCAACAAAACUGAUCUCUUCCAGCCACCCUUAGCUCGAAAUGGAAAAUACACGUUCACCAAGCCGGGGGUUUUCAAAGACGCCCAGUAUACAGGGCGCUGGUUGAACGCGAAAAUGCACGGCUCGGGGAAGAUGGUUUGGAGCGAUGGUCGCUCUUAUACCGGCCAGUUUAGCAAUAACAGUUUGAGCGGAUAUGGUUCAAUGGAUAUUCCAAAUUUUGGCACCUAUGAAGGGGAUUGGAAAGACAAUAAACAGAACGGCUAUGGAACAUUCACCUACAGUAGCAAAGACAUCUACAAGGGCUACUUUAAAGAUGGCCAGUUUCACGGGCACGGUUUGUUGCGCAAAGGCACUUUCAUGGCAAAUUCGGCCUCCCUGUACAUCGGCGAAUGGGACGCGGGCCGGAAAUGCGGAUAUGGAGUGAUGGACGAAAUUUCCACCGGCGAAAAGUACUUGGGAUGUUGGUCGGACCACAAAGAGGGCAGCGGUCUCAUUGUCACUUCCGAAGGCACUUAUUAUGAGGGGAACUUCCACAACGACGUACUCUCGGGCCACGGCGUGAUGGUUUUAGACGACGGCACUCACUAUGAUGGAGAGUUUAAAGGCACUGGCAUCCUAGGAGGAAAAGGCGCAGUUACUCUCCCUUCUGGCCACGUGAUUGAGGGGCAUCUGAUCGGGAGUUUGGAGGAGGGAAUUAAGAUUAACGCAGCCACCCUUCGGAAAACGGCAGACUUAAACCAGGCCCUCCCAAAGUCCUUCGGGCAGCUCUGCACGGCGCCGGCGAAUAAAUGGAAAGCCCUCUUCAAGCACUGCCGGGAGGUUCUUGGGCUGGACGACGGGGCUGCCAGUGUGGAAACCCCCCGGAUAUGGCAAAAUGUUGCUGUUUAUUUAACCAGCGCGUCCACUUUGAAGAGGCGCAAAGGCGACGACGGUAGCCUGCAAAAUUCGCUCAACAACCUCGACGUGAUUCCUCCAUUCGGGCGCGAUAAAAUCACCAUAGAAUCCUACAUGGAAAUCAGAGCAUACUUAAACAGGGCCUUCGAGAGUCCUUUGCACCCUUUAGGGUCCCUACUAAACAACCUAUGCGAAGCCUACAUAUCCUCGUACAGCGGCAAAGUGCAUCCUAUCUUAGUAAACCACGCGAUUAUGGAGGUAAUCGACGUUGCUCAAAGGGUUUAUGGCAUAAUAGUGUAUCUUUUCCCAGCCUUGCCCAGUUGCGAAAGCGAGUACGUGUUAAAUCGUACUGACGAUGAUUACGAAAUCAUCAAUUACCAGUCGCUGUUGUACCCGCUAAUCCUGCCAAAGGUUUAUAAUUGCUUGUGCACCCUGCUGAGCCUGAAAAAUGAAAGUCAGGAGAAACAGUAUAAAAAAGUUCUGAUCGAGUGGAACAAGCUUUCAGACAGGAGCUUGAUGAGUGGACUUUCCGUCGAAAAGAAAUUUCUCCACCUGGAUCAGUACAUAAACUUAUCGGACAAAAGUUGCGCUUUUGUGGAAGCCAUCGAAACGUUACAGCAAAUAAUAACGGUCUUCCUGCCCAUUGAGAAGCUCUCAGUGAUACGCAGUACGGUGAAAAAAAUGACUCCCGUUGCUCAGGAGCUUUUAGGCGAUGCCUACGUAUGGAACAUGGACGAUUUAUUCCCGUUGUUCCUCUAUGUGGUGGUUCGGGCCAGAAUUCCACAUCUGGGGGCCGAGCUGGAGUUUAUGGAACAUUUCAUGGAUAGAAACCUGGAAAAUGGCGAACUGGGAAUUAUGUUUACCACCCUCAAGGCAUGCUACCAGCAAAUACUCCAAGACAAAUCCGUUUUUAUUCUCUAGAAAUUGAUGUGAUAGAUUUUGUUUAUUUUUAUUCAUUUAUUGAUUCGUCGUGUUUUAUCAAGACUGUACCUGAAAAUAAAUUGAUACAAGCUAUAUAUACAUAUAUAAUAAUAAAUCGUUGUAUUUUAACUGA